UUUAAUUUAUACAAACUAUAACUAUCUCAAGUUUUCAUAUUCUUUUAAUUUUUUUUUACUUUUCAUUAUUAUUUCUUUAUCUAAAUGAAAUAAAAUAUUAUUUAUUUUUUUUUAAAAAAAAUUAUGGAUUCUUUAUUUAAUUUAUUUAUAAAAGUUAAAAAUAAAACAAAUCAAUUAAAAUAUAAACAACAUUAUCAUCAUACUACUUAUAAUAAUAAUAAUAAUAAUGAUAAUAAUAAUAAUAAUGGUGAUGAAAUGAAUCCAUCUAGAAAAUUAAAAAAACAUCAUCGUUUAAAAACAAUUAGAAAAUCAUUUAUUAAUAUAUUACAACAUGAUAAAGAAUUUAAUGAAAAUAAUAAAAAUUAUAAUCAUAAUAAUCAAUUAUUUAAUGAAAAUGAAGAAAAUUUAAAUUUAUCAAAAAAUAAUAAAAUUAAUAAUAAUAAUAAUAAUAAUAAUAAUAAUAAUAAUAAUGAUCAAAUAAUUGAUUCAUUAAAAUUAAUUGAAAUAUAUCCUGAUUAUUAUAAAGAUUUCUACCAUUAUCAUCAUCAUCAUCAGCAUCAUCAUGAUCAUAAUGAUGAUGAUGAUGAUAUUGAAGCUUAUCAAGAAUAUCAACAAACUUUAAAUGAAAUUAAUUCUAUAUUAAUGAAUUCAACAAUAAACAAUCAAAAUUAUACAGAAGAAGAAUUGAAUGAAGAACUUGAAAAUUUAAAGAUUUCAAACAGUUCAAAUGGGAACAAGCAAUCUAAAUCACAAAUAUCAAAUGAUGGAUUAAUAGAAAAUUCCAACAGUUAAGGUAUUACAUUAAAUCUCGGAGAAACUGAUUCCAAUGAAAGUUAUUGAGAACGAUGGUAAUAAACAAUUAGAAGAAGAUGAUAUGGAAACACUUAUUGAGUGGGCCAAUUGAAAUUCAAUUCUUUUUUUUUAAUUACCAUUAUUAUUUCAAUCUCUUAUGUAAUCAAAUGGAUUAUUCAUAUACAUUUUAUGAAAUCUACACACUACUUAAAUAAUUUAAGUAGGUAAAAAUAUUUAUCAGAAACUUUGCAAAUAUCACUUUUAAAAAAAUAUUUUAACUAUUUGUAAAGAAGCAAAUAGAUAAAUAUAAAACAAUACAAAAGACUUGAUAUAUUCAAUAUGUAUUCGUUCAACUUUGAAUUUAAUAAUACAGGAAAUCGUUGUUUAUUACUUUAAACUAUUGAAUUUUUACAAUGUUAACAACUAGAUUCAUUGUUAAAUGUCACUUUGAUAUGUUUACAAAGAGAUUUGUUUUUAUAUUAAAAUUUAUUAUUUAUUAUUUGAUUGAUUUUUAAUCUUUUUCAUUGUCUUAAAGAAGAUCAUUUUGUAAUGCUUUUUUUUGAUUGAAUCUUUUUGACAUCUUUAUUGUUGAUUUAGAAUUCAGUUAUUUUUUGCAAAGUUCUUUUUCAUGUUCAUGUUUUCAUAAAAUGAUUUAAUUUUGGACUCAAAAAGUUUGAUUUUCGAUUGUUAUAUAUAUAUAUAUAUUUAUAGUUUUUGCUUUGUUAUAUUAUUUACUACUUUUAAGUAGUAUUUCUCAUGUAGUUGUACUUAUUUUUAUAAAACAGAAUGUAUCUUUCUUUUUAAUAGACAUGGGAAAAAGCUAUUUGGUAAACGUUUGUUCUCAUUUCUAUUUUUUGUGUGUACAAAACAUGAUUUCACAUUCCACAUUUAUGCAUCUAUGUACUAUCUCAAGGUUAAAAAGAUAGAUAAGUUAACAGAG